UUAAAGUGUCCGCGUCGCUUGGUUUGCGUCCUGGUCCCUUGUCUCAGUGACCGAGGCGAUAGUCUGUGAGCUGCAGCGGAGCUCAGCAGUGCGUUGCUGUGCCCAGUUACGUAGCGCGCUGGGCGAGGAGACACGAGGACAGAAAAUAUACGACCCUGGAGAGACGGCAUAGAGAGAGAGAUGUGCUGAGCAGACUGAGUUACUGGACGUUUUUGGAUAUGAGAACGCAAACUGUGAUUACUCUAUCUUUACCUUCAUUUCCCUGAGCCACGCCAACGCUCAUCUUCUUCUUCAGACUGGUUGAAACUCGCAGCUUCGUUCCUGCUAGAUGAACGGGAGUAGUUGGAGAUUUCAUUUGGUGUGUCUCUCCGAUGCGAUUGGCUCACAGCCCGACAGGAAGUGAGCGACACCCCACUUCCCCAUGGCUCCGCCUUCGGCGGGCCGCUCCUCCCUUGCCCAGCAUGUUGUGCUGCUUCUGCAGUGCAUUCUAGUCCUGCAAGCUGGGGACGUGGUCUGCAGGAAAGGACCGGUCCUGCUGCCUGAGUCGCCCUGUCACCGGGCUGAACACCCUCUUAUCUCACACGCAGAUAUGGAGCCGUGGAUCCACAGGUUCCGGGCUGAGGGCACGGUGGAUUACUCUCAGCUAACCUUUGACCCCAGCCAGAACGAACUGAUAGUCGGAGCCAGAAACCACCUGUUCAGACUCAAUCUGGAGGACCUCUCGCUGAUCCAGGAGGCAGAAUGGCACUGUGAUGAGUUCACUAAGGGAGCCUGCUUCAGUCGGGGCAAGUCAGAGGAGGAAUGUCAGAACUACAUCCGAGUUCUGCUGGUGAAUGGAGACAGACUGUUUACAUGCGGAACCAACGCUUUCACACCAAUCUGCACCAACCGCACUCUGACCAACCUGACAGAGAUCCAUGACCAGAUCAGUGGGAUGGCCCGUUGUCCCUACAACCCUCUCCAUAACUCCACAGCCCUGAUCACGUCCAGUGGAGAUCUGUAUGCUGCUACCGCCAUGGACUUCUCUGGCAGAGACCCAGCGAUCUACCGCAGUCUAGGGGGGCUGCCGCCUCUACGCACCGCACAGUACAACUCCAAAUGGCUGAAUGAGCCUAACUUUGUCUCCUCCUACGACAUCGGGAACUUCACCUACUUCUUCUUUCGGGAGAACGCGUUGGAACAUGACUGCGGUCGGACCGUGUUCUCACGUGCUGCCCGGGUCUGUAAGAACGACAUUGGAGGACGCUUCCUAUUGGAGGACACCUGGACCACAUUCAUGAAGGCUCGGUUGAACUGCUCACGACCGGGAGAGAUACCGUUCAACUAUAAUGAACUACAGGGAACGUUCCACCUGCCAGAGUUAGACCUGCUCUAUGGGAUCUUUACUACUAACGUGAAUAGCAUAGCAGCGUCUGCGGUGUGUGCCUUCAACCUCAGUGCCAUCACCCGUGUGUUCGGUGGCCCCUUCAAGUACCAGGAGAACUCUCGCUCUGCCUGGCUUCCUUACCCCAACCCUAACCCUGACUUCCAGUGUGGUACCAUAGACUAUGGUUCCUAUUUGAACCUGACAGAGAGGAGCCUGCAGGAUGCCCAGAAGUUCCUGCUGAUGAACGAGGUGAUCCAGCCGGUCCAGCCGGUCCCUUACUUCAUGGAGGACGACGUUCGCUUCUCCCACGUGGCUGUGGACGUGGUGCAAGGCAAAGACAUGCUGUUCCACAUCAUCUACCUGGCUACAGACUAUGGCACCAUCCGUAAGGUCCUGUCUCCUCUGAACCAGUCCAUGGGCAGCUGUCUAUUGGAUGAGAUUGAGUUGUUUCCGCCCAGGAGGAAACAGCCAAUCAGAAGCCUCCUGAUCCUGCACAGCAGCAGUGAACUGUAUGUCGGCGUCAGGGACCAAGUCAUCAAGAUACCACUGAUGAGAUGUGACUUUCACAAGACCAGAGAGGGGUGUGUUGGGGCAAGGGACCCCUACUGUGGCUGGGACCUGGUGUUAAGGAAGUGUACCACCCUGGAGGAGAGUGUCAGCAUGAGCCAAUGGGAACAGAGCAUCACUAAAUGCCCUGUGCGUAACUUGACGUUGGAUGGAGGGUUUGGGCCAUGGACAGGCUGGGGGGCCUGUAGCCAUACUGACGGGGGCAGUGCUGGUUCCUGUCUGUGUAGAACCAGGCCUUGUGAUAAUCCCAAACCCCAGUGUGGGGGUCAGUCCUGUCAUGGACUCAGCGUGGAGGUCGCCAACUGCUCCAGGAACGGUGUGUGGAGCCCCUGGACUCUGUGGAUCCCGUGUAGCACCAGCUGUGGCAUUGGCUUCCAGGUCCGGCAGAGGUCCUGCAGCAACCCCACCCCACGCCACGGAGGACGAGUGUGUGUGGGGCAGAACAGAGAGGAAAGGUAUUGCAACGAGCACCUGCCCUGCCCACCUCAUGUCUAUUGGUCGGCAUGGUCAGCAUGGGAACGCUGCACAGUGCCCUGCGGAGGCGGCAUCCAAUCACGCCGCAGGAUCUGCGAGAACGGUAACGAGUGCCCCGGGUGUGCUCAGGAGUACCAAUCGUGUAACACCCAGCCCUGUCCUGAUCUGAAGAAGACCACCCCCUGGACCCCCUGGACGCCGGUCAACAUCUCGGACAACGGCGGUCACUACGAGCAGCGGUUCCGGUACACCUGUAAGGCCCGUGUCCCUGAACCUGCUCUGCUGGAGGUGGGUCGACAGAGGAUAGAGAUGAGGUACUGCUCCAGGGACGGCUCCACUGGAUGCUCUGCUGACAGGGAUCUGCUGCGGUCGGGUAAGAUCUCCGGCCACACUGUGAACGGAGACUGGACAUCCUGGAGCUCCUGGUCUCAGUGCAGUAGAGACUGCAGCCGAGGGAUACGAAGCCGUCAACGGUUCUGUGACUCCCCUGAACCACCGCACGGAGGACAGACCUGCCUGGGACCUGCUCAGGAGUACCAGGAGUGUAACAUCACACCCUGCCCAGUGGAUGGUAGCUGGUCGUGCUGGUCUGGCUGGUCUAUGUGUUCAGUGACGUGUGGAGGGGGACACUAUACGAGGUCACGCACCUGCAACAACCCCCCACCAGCCUACGGAGGAGAUAUCUGUCUGGGACUACACACUGAAGAGGCUCUCUGUAACAUACAAUCGUGUCCAGAGAGUUGGUCUAACUGGUCCCUAUGGUGCCAGUGUGACAGUUCUGGCUCCCAGCUGCGUGUUCGACACUGUAAUGUCCUGUUCCCUACUGGAAGCCAAUGUUCAGGAAGUCACACUGAGACCAGGGCCUGCCCACCUGACUCCAACGUUAUACCGGAAGUCUCCAUCGCUCGUUCCAGUCAGGAGGAGAGAAGAUGCGGAGAUUUCAACGUGUUCCAUAUGAUUGCUGUAGGCCUGAGUAGUUCUAUCCUGGGUUGUUUGGUCACCUUACUGGUGUACACCUACUGCCAGCGCUAUCAGCAGCAGUCUCAUGAUGCUACAGUCAUCCACCCCAUCUCAGCAUCACCACUCAACACCUCCAUCACCAACCACAUCAACAAACUGGACAAAUACGACUCCUUGGAGGCCAUUAAGGCUUUCAAUAAGAACAACCUGAUUCUGGAGGAAAGAAAUAAGUACUUCAACCCCCAGCUAGCCGGGAAGACUUACACCAAUUCAUACUUCACUGACCUCAACACUUACGAUGACUAUUAACCCUUUGUUGGGCUACAGCAUCGGGGAGACACACCCUUGUGCAGACAACAACCCCACACCACUCGUUAUGACUAUGUCCUAUAUUUUUCCACCUCGUAAUGAAACCUAUGACGUUUUAUGUGGGACCCUCCCGCUCUGGGACCCAUUGGCAACUGCCAUCCAAUCAAAUUACAGCCACACGGCGAUGUCAUCGAAGGGACAGGCCCCAAAAAAAGGAAACUCGAAGAGCUUUCUGAAUGGGAAGGAACCUGCUGUGAAUUCCUGUCACUCUCUUGUCCCAGAACUGUGUCGGUUCCGGGGGAAGAAAACAAACCAACUGCUUUGCAUGAUUUUUUGUCACUCUGUUCAGUUUUGCAUGGUUGGUAGCGGGCGGGCGGGCAGGCAGACAGGCAGGCAGGCAGGCAGGUAGGCGGGCCACUCACUGUCCGCUGUGCUAGUGUCCUACAGAGGACCCCAAAGGGGUGGCGUUAGUUAUGCCUGAUGAAUUUGAUCCAACUAUAAUGCUCAACGGUAGAGAGUCAAGUGCUUAGCGUACCCAGAGUAACUGUCACUCAAUAGCAGGUUGUUGUGGAUUUAAACCAAUCCAACUCUGCAUUAUGUAGACUAUUGUUAAACCGAUCUUGUUCUAUACCGUCUACCGUUGAGUAACUAAAAUACUAGCCCUUUUGUUUAAAGAGGGGGUUGGUUAUUCAAAUAAAGAUGUAGAUAUUUGAGAGAUGUUACUUUCUCUUAUGGGGCUGGCGUUGGUGUAGCAGUUAGCGGUGGUUGAGAUAUCAGUGUAUAAUCUUUCUUGCUUUUUGUUGAUGUUAUUGUACAGUAAGCUCAUUUGGAAGCAUAUUUCUCUGUGUCUUUAUAGGUCCAUUUACUCCGUGUCAGUGUUGAAAUCAAUCAUUUGAAAUUUGAGUAGAAGAAAUUGCCUGGGAAUAUAUAAGUAAAUCAUGUUCAAACUGUCAUCCUACUUGUUAAUAUUUUUUUAAUUUGUGGUACUUUUCAAGGUGAAACAUCUCUUUUGUUUAAAGAUGUACAUCCAUAUUCAGUACGUUGAUUUCUUCAAUGUUUUCAAUUGUAACUAUUUUUUUUAAAACGUUUGCUUGUUUUAUUGUGGAUAAAUAAAAUGAAAACGCUUGGUA